UGACCCAAAACUGGCCCUCCCUUAUUGGGCAUUUGUAUAUUUUCAGGAAGCUUCACCAAAUAAGCAUGUUUCGAUAGUUUUUAAAUGGAUGAGAUUAUACAGUUUUCUUUAUUUUUGGGUUACUCAUCUAUUUCUGAAACAUUUCUCACGAGACGCAGGAAACCGAAUCUGUUUUGUGCCGAUUGUAAAAUAGCUAGCUAGCACAGUCAUGCCGUCGUAUGAUUUGACAUUGUAUUAGAAGUUAGCCAUUAGUUAGGUUUUCUCUGCUUUAGACCACCCUUACAUUUUGCAAUGUCUUCUAUCCUGGAUGAAUACGAGGACUCGCUGAACAGCAGGCACCCUGUGCAACACAGUAGCCGCCUGUCUGCUGCCAACAUCGGCAUGACACACUCCGGGUUCGUGAAUGUGAGACUGGAGGAGGAGAAGCCGAUAUUCAACAAACAGAGGAUUGAUUUCUCACCCCCAGAGAAGAUCAACCACUUUGCUGUGUGCAACAAUCAGCUAUGCAUGAGUUUAGGGAAGGACACUCUCCUGAGGAUUGACCUUGCCAAGCCAGACCGGCCCAACCAGGUAGAACUGGGAAGGAAGGAGGACAGCAGAGUACACAAGCUCUUCCUGGACCCCACAGGGUCCCACCUGGUGAUUUCUCUCAGUACCAGCGAGUGUCUGUAUCUGAACAGAAACACCCAGAAGGUGAGGUCUCUGUCCCGCUGGAGAGGACACCUCAUAGAGAGUGUAGGCUGGAACAAGCUGCUGAGGACAGAGACCAACACUGGGCCCAUCCUCGUGGGAACCAGCCAGGGAAUUAUCUUCGAGGCUGAGAUCUCCGCUUCAGAGGGAAGCCUGUUUAACACCAACCCCGACCAGUACUUCAAACAGGUCCACUCCCUGGAGGAGGACGGGAGGCCUGUUCCUGUGUGCUGUAUAGAGGUGGAACGAGGUCCCGAGUCUAAAGUCUUCAUCAUCGCCACCACCAGGAAGCGUUUGUUCCAGUUCGUAGGUCGUGUGGCAGAGGGGUCCGAGCAGCAAGGCUUCAGCUCCAUCUUCUCACAGAACCAGGAGCUUCUGCCCAGCUUCCAGGAGUUUCCGUUUAAUAUGGGCUACAGUGAGAUCACCUUCUACACCCCCAAGCUCAGGUCGUGCCCCAAGGCCUUCGCAUGGAUGAUGGGUAACGGAGUUCUCUACGGUCAGCUGGACUACGUCAAGUUGGACUCGCUGCUCAGUGAUGUGCAGGUGUGGGACUACACCCCAGACAUAGACUUCAGUUUCAACAAGCCCAUCUCCAUCGUGUUGACUCAGUUCCACUUUCUACUCCUCCUCCCUGACCGCGUCAAAGCCAUCUGCACCCUCAACGGGCAGGUGGUGUACGAGGAUGUGUUCUCUGAUAAGUUCGGCACUCUGAAGAAGAUGAUCAAGGACCCGGCAGGAGGCCUGGUGUGGAUCUACACUGAGAAGGCCGUCUUUAGAUACCACAUCCAGAGAGAAGCCAGGGAUGUGUGGCAGAUGUACAUGAGCAUGAACAAGUUUGACCUGGCUAAAGAGUACUGCCGGGACCGACCAGAGUGCAUGGACAUGGUCCUGGCUAAAGAGGCAGAACACUGCUUCCAGGACAAGCGUUACCUGGAGAGCGCGAAGUGCUACGCUCUGACCCAGAACUACUUUGAGGAGAUUGCGUUGAAGUUCAUCGAGGCGAAACAGGAAGAAGCUCUGAAAGAGUUCCUUCUGAAGAAACUCAACAACCUGAAGCAGAGUGAGAAGACCCAGAUCACCUUACUGGUCACCUGGCUGACUGAGCUCUACCUGAACCGCCUGGGGCUUCUCCAAUCAGACGAGGGGAAUCAUGGGGUGUUCCAGGAGAAGCGUGAUGAGUUCCGGAAGUUCCUCAGUAGUUCCAAACACAAGGAGUGUCUCUAUAACAACCGAACGACCAUCUAUGACCUGCUGGCUAGCCACGGCAACGUGGACGACAUGGUCUACUUCUCUGUCAUCAUGCAGGACUAUGAGAGGGUGAUCUCCCAUCACUGUCAGCAUGAUGACUACAGCGCCGCCCUGGAGGUGCUCUCCAAGCACUGCGACGAGAAGCUCUUCUAUAAGUUCUCUCCCAUCCUCAUGCAACACAUACCUAAGAAGGUGGUGGACGCCUGGAUCCAGAUGGGAUCCAGACUGGAACCUAAGAAGCUGAUCCCAGCCCUGGUCAACUACAGUCAGAUGGGUUCAACACAGCAGGUCAACGAGACCAUCCGUUACAUGGAGUUCUGUGUCUACCAGCUCACUGUGACGGAAGAGGCCAUACACAACUACCUGCUGUCCCUCUACGCCAAGUACAAACCUGAUAGUCUCUUGUGGUACCUGGAACAGGCUGGGUCCCACUUGUCAGAUAUCCACUAUGAUUUAAAGUAUGCCCUGAGGCUGUGUGCUGAACAUGGUUACCUCCAGGCCUGUGUUCUGGUCUACAAGAUCAUGGAGCUGUAUGAGGAAGCUGUCGAUCUGGCCCUACAAGUGGAUGUGGACUUGGCCAAGACGUGUGCUGACCUGCCUGAGGAUGACGAGGAGUUGAGGAAGAAGUUGUGGCUGAAGAUCGCUCGUCACGUGGUGCAAGAGGAGAAGGAUGUGAAGAAGGCCAUGAACUGUCUGUCCAGCUGUAACCUGCUCAAGAUCGAAGACAUCCUGCCCUUCUUCCCGGACUUCGUCACCAUAGACCACUUUAAGGAGGCUAUCUGCAGCUCUUUAGAGGAGUACAACCAGCAUAUAGACGAGCUGAAGCAGGAGAUGGAGGAGGCGACGGAGAGCGCCAAGCGGAUCAGAGAGGACAUCCAGGAGAUGAGGAACAAGUACGGGGUGGUGGAGAACCAGGAGAAAUGUGCUGCCUGCGACUUCCCCCUCCUCAACAGACCCUUCUAUCUGUUCCUCUGUGGUCACAUGUUCCACUACGACUGCCUCUUCCAGGAGGUGUCUCCUCACCUGUCCACCUACAAGCAGACUAAACUAGAUGAGCUGCAGAAGAAGUUGGCUGCAGCCACUCAGACCUCCAAGUCUCGCCACCGCACCGCCCCCAAGGAGAAGGAGGAGGGGGGCGACACCGCCAGCCUGGGCAAAGGAAGCGCCGGGGUCAGCCGAGAGCAGAUCAAGUCCGACAUCGAUGACGUCAUCGCCCGCGAGUGCGUGUACUGCGGCGAGCUGAUGAUCAAGUCGAUCGACCAGCCGUUUAUUGAUCCACAGAAGUUUGAGGAGGAGAAGUCCAGCUGGCUCUGAGAUGGACGGUUGGACCUGCCUGGAACUGGGCAGGUUUGAAAUGGCGGACUUGAGGUGGCUGUCUGAAGGGAACGGGUCUGAAAUGGGCUGAACUCUUGAUUGAAAUAGACAUGUCUUAUUUCAGAAAUGGCUGAAAUGCGCAACUUGUGCUGUCUGAAAUGGAAUGGAAUAUCUCUGUGAUAAUGGGGGAAGUAGAGCCACCUCUGCACAGUGCCUGGUGAUGGGGAGACACAGGGAAGGGGAAGAAUGCAGGAUCUCCUUGGUAACCUCUUAUCAAAUCAAAUGUUAUUUGUCACAUGCCCCAAAUACAACAGGUGUAGUAGACCUUACAGUGAAAUGCUGAAUACAACAGGUGUAGUAGACCUUACAGUGAAAUGCUGAAUACAACAGGUGUAGACCUUACAGUGAAAUGCUGAAUACAACAGGUGUAGUAGACCUCACAGUGAAAUGCUGAAUACAACAGGUGUAGUAGACCUCACAGUGAAAUGCUUACUUACAAGCCCUUAACCAACAAGGUAAUUUUAAGAAAAUACCACCAACAACAACAACAACAAAGUAAGAGAUAAGAAUCGCAAAUAAUUAAAGAGCAGCAGUAAAAUAACAAUAGCGAGGCUAUAUACAGGGGAUACCGGUACAGAGUCGAUGUGCGGGGGCACAGGUUAGUCAAGGUAAUCGAGGUAAUAUGUACAUGUAGGUAGAGUUAUUAAAGUGACUAUGCAUAGAUAAUAACAGAGAGUAGCAGCGGUGUUGAAGGGGGGGGGCAAAAUAGUCUGGGUAGCCAUUUGAUUGGCUCCUCUGUGUCUCUGUAAUAUCAUAUAUUCUCGUCUCUCUCUCCUUCUCUCGUCUUUCUGCUAAGCUUCAGACUGUACUGAGGCAAUGUCAGUCUCUCUCACAUGUCUUAAUCAGACGUUGCUACAGUUUACAAUCGUUACAUCUCAAAUCUGUCUGAAUUAACAAAAACAACUCUGAAAUUGUCUCUGAAAUGAGAUUUUAUAAAUUCAGAUGUAUUCAUCCCUAACUGGUAUUUUGUUAAUUCCACUGGCUAGAGACAUGAAUAGUACUAUAGAAUGAAUGUAAUGAAUUAGUUUUGUUGUUAUUUGUCACUUGUGACAUCAUGAGAACUCCCUUGUUUCAUUGGCUGACAGUGUAUUCUGUUGUGACUCUGAGAUCAGGUCAAUGCAACUACACUUUUGCUAUGGUUUGCUAAAAUGCACUUAUGAAAAUUAAACAAAUGUUUAAAAUAAG